AUGAUAUCACCGCAGCCGGCUGCGCCUCGCGUCACGAUCCGUCGCAAUCCGUCGGAUCGUACGCCUGCCACUGCGUCGAAUCGUACGGCUGCUGAUUGCGUUGCGUGUUCGCCGUGCGACAUUGAUCGGCUGCCAGAUGUCGUCUUGCUGAGCAUCAUACACCACGUCAUCAGCACCAGCAACAGCAGCAAUAGCAAAACCGUCGAUGGAGCGACGACCGCAAUCGACGCACGUGGUAGAAGCUCCGAUGCACGUGAUAGCACCGGCGGCCCUCCAUGUUCAGCAGCGACAUGCCCGAACGCCGUGACCAUCACCACCCGCAAUCGCAGGGGCUACAAGCAACAGCAGCAGCUGCCAUGUAAGGACCCUACAUGCUCCUGCCGCAAGGCAGAGAACAGCACAGUCCCCCCCACCCCGCCGCUGCUCGCCUGCGCGCUCGUCUCCCGCCGCUGGCUGCGCCUCUCCGCGCUUCUCCCCCGCGCCGUCACUGUUCCUCUCGGCCUUCUCUUACGCCCCCGCGCCCUCCUGCGUACUCUCUCCGCCUUCCCCCACCUGUGCUCCCUCACGCUACACGGAAACUCCUGCCGAAGCAUCAGCAGCAGCGGCAGAGGGACCGUCAGUGAUUGGCUCAUCGCUCGCCUGGCAGCGCUGUCGCAGCUGACGUCACUCUCGCUCGUUGGCGUUGCGGCAAUCCCGAGGCUCUCCCCUUUGGCGCCCUCCCUGCUGUGCUUAGAGAUCCGCGGCGCUGGGGAGGGGGUGACGCGGCUUCCUGGAAAUUGCCUAGGGCAGCUGACGUGUCUGCAGGAGCUGGUUUUGCGGGACUGCUUGGCGCUGCGGCAGCUUCCGGCGUCGCUUGCAUUGCUGCCGUCGCUGCAGCGCAUUCGCGUGGAGGGAUGCUAUUCCAUGGCGCUUGUCGCUUGGACGAUGCCCAGGGAUGCCUGUGGGUUGGCAGCUGUGCCUUCACAGGAGGAGGAUGGGGAACGACGGGUGGGUGAAGGCCAAAGAAAGGGGAUUCAAUUCCACUAUGAUGAUAGCGCGGUUGUUUCGGUGAUGUCUGGGGCAGCAUCAGCAGCAGCAGCAGCAGCAGCAGCAGCAGCAGCAGCAACAGCAGCAGCAGCAGCAGCAGCAGCAGCAGCAGCAGCAGCAGCAGCAGCAGCAGCAGCAGCAGCAGCAGCAGCAGCAGCAGCAGCAGCAGCAGCAGCAGCAGCAGCAGCAGCAGCAGCAGCAGCAGCAGCAGCAGCAGCAGCAGCAGCAGCAGCAGCAGCAGCAGCAGCAGCAGCAACAGCAGCAGCAGCAGCAGCAGCAGCAGCAACAGCAGCAGCAGCAGCAGCAGCAGCAACAGCAGCAGCAGCAGCAGCAGCAGCAACAGCAGCAGCAGCAGCAGCAGCAGCAACAGCAGCAGUCGUCACAGCAGCACAGCCACGGCACCCCCUCUUCUCUUCCAAACUGCAACACCUCGAGCUUGCUGACGUGGCAGCCCUUCAGCACCUGCCACGUGGCAUCCUCCAGCACCACUCGCUCACGCGCAUCGUGCUGGACGGCUACUCAGGCUCCUCCUUUUCGGCUACUGGCAACAGUGACUCCGAGUCAACCGAGUCAACCAGGUCAAUGCUCAAGCCUCCCAUCCGCAUGCCCAGCCUGCAACAUCUGGUGCUGCGCAACCUUCCAAAACUUUCCCAGCUGCCCGGAUGCCUCUCCCUGCCCGCCGCCUGCCCGUCCCUCACCAUCCUUUCCAUCGAAAACUGCCCCCGCUUCUCUUCCCUCCUCACUCCUCCUCCCAGCCUACACACCUUAGAGCUUCGCAAUCUUCCCAACCUGACGUCCAUCUUCCCUGUCACCUUCGAAUUUCCAGGUCUAAGGGAGCUAUGGCUGCAAGACCUGCCUCUGCUGCACGAGCUACCGCCCUCCUUCUCCUGCCUCUCCUCCCUGCAGCGUCUGGUCAUCACGCGCUGCCAUCUGCUCAACUCACUCCCUGACUGCCUGCCGGAGCUCCCCUUGCUGCGUGAUCUCGCCCUCGUACUAAACCAUAAUCUAACUAUCCCGAUAGAUUUCCUGCCGCGCCUGCACUCGGUGCGUCGCCUGGUGGUGCACCGGGGGCGCGAGAACAAGAACAAGGUCAUCAUCGCGCAUCGGGGGAGGGUGAGGCCACAGUUUGCGCUGCCCCCGCGGGCGAAGGAGCUUCACACGGAUGAUUUUGGCUGUGAGGUGCUGCGCUUGCAUGAGCUGGAGCGACUGGAGGUGGCUGAGGGGGCCUUCCACAAAUUUAGUAUCGACGAGGUUCAGGUUAUGGAGGAGAAUUUUAAGGUUGGUGGAGAAGCAGCAGCAGCAGCAGCAGCAGCAGCAGCAGCAGCAGCAGCAGCAGCAGCAGCAGCAGCAGCAGCAGCAGCAGCAGCAGCAGCAGCAGCAGCAGCAGCAGCAGCAGCAGCAGCAGCAGCAGCAGCAGCAGCAGCAGCAGCAGCAGCAGCAGCAGCAGCAGCAGCAGCAGCAGCAGCAGCAGCAGCAGCAGCAGCAGCAGCAGCAGCAGCAGCAGCAGCAGCAGCAGCAGCAGCAGCAGCAGCAGCAGCAGCAGCAGCAGCAGCAGCAGCAGCAGCAGCAGCAGCAGCAGCAGCAGCAGCAGCAGCAGCAGCAGCAGCAGCAGCAGCAGCAGCAGCAGCAGCAGCAGCAGCAGCAGCAGCAGCAGCAGCAGCAGCAGCAGCAGCAGCAGCAGCAGCAGCAGCAGCAGCAGCAGCAGCAGCAGCAGCAGCAGCAGCAGCAGCAGCAGCAGCAGCAGCAGCAGCAGCAGCAGCAGCAGCAGCAGCAGCAGCAGCAGCAGCAGCAGCAGCAGCAGCAGCAGCAGCAGCAGCAGCAGCAGCAGCAGCAGCAGCAGCAGCAGCAGCAGCAGCAGCAGCAGCAGCAGCAGCAGCAGCAGCAGCAGCAGCAGCAGCAGCAGCAGCAGCAGCAGCAGCAGCAGCAGCAGCAGCAGCAGCAGCAGCAAGCAUGGCCGCAAGCAGCAGCUUCUGCCUUGCUUGCAACGGCUGCACCUUGUUAACUGCCAUGUUGGCCCCCGCUUCCCUCCCUGGAUGCUCCACUUCACGUCCUUGCAGCACCUCUCUCUCUCCCACAUCCUUCAAUCUGAUAUAUUUGCCUGCCCCGUGGAGCAAGCCAGAGAGCCUGACCAACUGGACCGCCUGCGCAGAGCUUAUGUGCAGGAGGAGGAGCACUGGGAGAAUCUCACGUCACUGCAGCAGGUUGAGAGGUGUGCAUGCUGCCCCCGCAUAG